AUGGCGGCGUGUGGGGCGGCGGGGGCCGCGGGCGGGGGGCCCGGGCGGGCGGCGGGGCCGGCGGAGGCCGGGCCUGGCCUGGCUCCGGGCCGGGGGUCGGGCCGGGCGGGGGUCGGUGCGGUCUUGGCGCUGGCGGUGCUCGGCUGGCUGCAGGUGGCCCGCGGCGCCGGGAGCCCCCCCGGCGACCCCGCGCUCCAGCCCUACUCCCCGGGCCGGCACGGCCCCCGGCACGGCCACCGGCACGUCCGGGACUGCCAGCCCCGCAGGUACGGCAAUGUCACACACGAGGCGUGGCCCGGCGACAACAGCACGGCCGGCCCGGCGGCCGCCACCAGGACGUUCGUCUCGUACUUCCCCCCCGAGGGCAGCGGCCGCAAGGUGCUCUACGGGCACUUCACGUUCGUGAGGAACCCCCUGCGGACCCUCUCGGUGCUGGAGCCGGGCGGCGCCGGCGGCUGCCGGGAGCAGCGCAGAGCCACCGUGCAGGAGACAGCCCAGCUCGGGAACUGUCUGGUGGCCCAGAACGGCGGGUACUUCAACAUGGAAACCGGAGAGUGCCUGGGGAACGUUGUGAGCGAUGGGAAGCUGGUGAGGAACUCUGGAGGGCUACAGAACGCUCAGUUUGGCAUCCGGAAGGAUGGCACCAUGGUGUUCGGUUACCUGUCUGAGGAGGAUGUCUUGGAUCAAACAAACCCUUUUGUGCAGCUUGUGAGUGGGGUGGUUUGGCUCCUCAGAGAUGGAGAAGUUUACAUCAAUGAGAGCCGGGACGCCGAGUGUGGGGACACUCAAACCACAGGCACCUUCGACAAGUUCAUCAACGUGAUCUCAGCCAGGACUGCGGUGGGACACGACCGCCAGGGCCGGCUGGUCCUGGUCCAUGUGGAUGGACAGACAGAAUCCAGGGGGGUCAACUUGUGGGAAAUGGCAGAAUUCCUGAAGCAGCAGGGAGUCAUCAAUGCCAUCAACCUGGAUGGUGGAGGCUCUGCCACGCUGGUCUUGAACGGGACCCUCGCCAACUACCCCUCUGAGCACUGCUCCUUUGACAGCACGUGGCGCUGCCCCCGGCGCGUCUCCACCGUGGUGUGUGUGCACGAGCCGGGCUGCGAGCCCCCCGACUGCAGCGGGCACGGGCUGUGCCAGGCCGGGCUCUGCCGCUGCUCCGGGGCCUUCUGGACGGGCCCUGCCUGCGACAGCCUGGACUGUGGCCCUGCCAACUGCAGCCUGCACGGCCUCUGCACCCCCUCUGGAUGCCUGUGUGACCCCGGCUGGACUGGCAGCAACUGCACGGAAGCCUGUGCUCCUGGUUUCUAUGGGGAAUCUUGCAGCCAGAAGUGCCAGUGCCAGCACGGUGGCUCCUGUGACCCUGUGCACGGAGCCUGUUCCUGCCCCCCUGGGUUCUAUGGCACCAGCUGUGAGCAUGAGUGUCCCCUGGGCUGGUUUGGGCCCAACUGCCAGAGCCAGUGUGUGUGUGAGCACUCGUGUCCCUGCGACCCCCAGACCGGCAGCUGCAACACCACCCACGACGGGGCACUGCAGGAGGAGCUGCUCAGAGCUGGACAGUGUGUGGCUUCCCAGAAUAAGGAAAGGAGCAAAGAAAGAUUCUCUCUGUCAGAGAGCACGUGGCUGUCCCUGAGCUGUGGCCUGGCCCUGCUGCUGGCACUCAGUGCCCUGGGGAACGUGGGGCUGGUGCUGAGGGCGCGGUCGGAGCGGCAGCGCGGGGACUAUCGGUACCACCCCCUGAGGGACAUCAACGGGGAGGCCACACACCCCCCCAGUGCUGCUGCCUGGGAGCCAGAGGACACUCGGGAGCCAGAGGACACUCAGGACUCACUUUAGAGUGCCGGAUGGGAAGAGAGGAGGUGUUUCACUGUGCCCCCUGCACAGCCCCCCAGCACUGAGCGGGACAGGGUCACUGUGCCUGAGGUGACCCAGCUCAGCCACGGCUCCCUCUCCUCUGCUGCCCCAGCCCCAGCCCCCAGGGCUGCAUCCCCAGUGGCCGUGAUGGGAUGCAGGGCACUGGGUAAGGGAAUCCCACAGUGGCAGCAGGAAAGGAUAUGGGCUGGUUCCUUCCUAACCCUGAGGGACACGGGUGAGCAGUGCCAGCCACAGGCACCUCAGGAAGGUCCCUGCCCACCUGGGCAGUGCUGAGUGUUUUUAAGACUCAGCAAGGUAAACUGCCUCUAGCAGAAAACUGGGUUAAGGAAGCUGGUGCCUAAGGGUGUUAAGAGUCUAUGUCUGCCCUUCCCUGGUGAGCUCAGAUUUUAAUCAGAAAAGUGACAAAACAUUUUAAAAUGCUGAAGCAGGUGCAGCACCCAGUGAAACCAGAGCCCUCCUCCUGGCCCAGAAGCGUGUGAUGGGUGCUGCAUUUUGGGGAGGCUCUUGCAGCUCAGCAACAGGAAAAGCCUUGUCAGGUCACAAGUUCCAUUGGUGCAUCUCUUGUAGCCCCAGCAGCUGAUGGGCUCUGGGGGCUCAGGGACUGUCACCAGCCAGGGAAGGGGACAGACAGGGACAGCCUGGCAUGGCCGGCAGGACAUGGCCUGGGCUGCUCUGCCCCAGCUGGACUCUCCUCAGAGGGACCACAACCAGCAAGUUCUUCAAGCCCUCCCAGAUCCCAAACACCUCCUCUGGAAAUCCAGAACCCCUCCUUGCACAAUUAAACUGAAACAGUGUUAGAGUUUGCUUCCACUGAGGGAAAGCCAGCCUUUAACGUGCCCCUUGGAUGCUGCAGAGGGGUUAGAGCCUGUCUGAGCCCCAACACUCACAGUUUUAUGCACUCACUCCCUUUUUACCUCUCCAUGUAAAGGAUGUGUAAUUUCUCUGCCACUGUUGGCAUCAGAUCAGCCUGUAACCAGAAGACUCUAUUUUUCUAUGAUUUACAGAAGAUUAUUUGAAAAGGAAUAAAGUCUAUUAGUGCUACCUGCCUGAAA